ACAAUGAGUGUUUCUCAAAAAAAAAUAUACAAAUUACAAUGAGGAUCCAGCAGAGAGCACAAAGUAAUCGUCUGUCGUCUUGGCUGGCCAAAACCAAGAACACACACGCAGAGAGACAGCGCACCAGGCAGAAUAAACGUGUUCUAUCACAACUUGCUCAUGACAAUAUGAGCUGCUCCCUCCUGAGUUAACUGCAGCUCAAAACAGCACGCCGAGCAAUGAGCAAUCUCAACCUAGGAGCCAUGCCCAUUCUGUGAGGUUUAUCGAAGGCAAGGACAGUAUCACAAUAGCCUCGUUUGCAUCACUGCAAUUUGCAUGACAUCUGCAAGAACAACAGUACAAGCGUCUGUCAUGUGUACAGUCUGAACUUCUCAAGGCCAAUGGGCAAUGGCGCCUCAUUACAUGCAUAACUCGUGUAGAGAUUGGAAUAAAACCUCCUCUUAAAAAAAUGGCGUCUCAUUGCAUGGUGAUUGCUCACUGAAAAUCCUUGCGGUUGCGGCUAACCAACAGAUCGGGGAGAUGGCGGAGAGUCACACAUGAUGCAUUCCGUCCAUGAUAUAUAUGCCGGGCCAUGUCCAUGGCUGCCUCUAACCUGCUGGUAGCCUGGUACUAAGUAGGACCUUGAUCGGCACCUCUGGGCAUGGACGUGACCUUCGUGUGCUCAGGCGAGGAGGCCUUCAAGAUGGAGGUGGGCUACUUCGACACCGUGCAGGACGUCAAGGAGAAGCUCCAGAGCUGCCGAGGCUGGCCCGCGGCCGCCACGACGCUCCUCCACAACGGCGCCGUGCUCGAGGACGUCGACGGCGGCGGCAUCGAGCGGCACGGCAUCGUGGAGGGCUCCGUCAUCCACGUUGCCCUCCUCGACGGCCAGCACCUGCAGCAACCGCAUGACAAGAGGACGGAGAAGAGGCGUGGCGAGGGACCGGUGCCGCCGCUGCGGGUGAUCGUCGUGUCGGGGUGCGCCGAGGGACGCGUGGAGAUGGCCGUGGGCGCGCGCGCCGCGGUGUCGGUGCUGCGGGCGGAGCUGGAGCGCGCGCGCGGGGCGGGGGCACGGUUCCCGCUCCCGCGCGACGGCGCCUACUUCUUCAUACAUGAACAGAGCGUGAUGGACGAGUCGAGAUCCUUCGAGUGGCACGGUGUGGCCGCCGGCGACGAGAUCGUCGUGUUCAACGGCUCCGUGGUGAGGAACCCGGCGUAGACUAGGUUGGCGGCUCUUACACGCGUGCGCGCUCGUCAUGGAGCACUUCUAACUCGUGGUUUGUGAAUCUCAUCUCUUUAGAACAAGUUUAAUAACAGUGCUUACAUUGGGCUCUAAAUCCUUGCCAUGUCAUUUAGAGCCAAUAAUAAAAAUAUUCAUAUAACGAUGUUGACUAUAAGGUUGGCCAUUUAGCAUGAAACAAUAUAAAAAUGAACCGGCAACAAAAAAGAGGUGUUUCAUUUAGAGCACACUUGAUUUUCAUCAGUUCCAGACCUGAAAUACCUGGUGCAGCAACACGAAAAUGCAAGCGGUUUAUGCCCAAAAGUUCAAAGCUACCGGCUUAACCGCUGACCUUCAGUCUCCAUGAUAGUUGUAACAAUUGUGGACUGAUGUUUUUACUUUGAAAAGGUUUGAAGCUACAACUCUUCCAUUAUCUAAAAAGAACAGUUGUAUACUGCAAGUCCGGCAGCACAAUUCAUCAGAUUUGCAUUCGCAACCAGAAAUUUUGAUUGGUCGUUUUCCAAUUUCGAGUCUCAAAAAGACGAAAGGUAUCCUUUACGUGAUUACAACAGGCACGACAGGGUAUCAUCCUCAGCAUUCUUUGCUUCAAAGACAUGCGUGGGCA